UCCAGCUGGUUCCAGAUUCGCCUUCAAAGGCUAAUUCACAGGGGCUUUCCCCCGGAGUGGCUGCAGUUCAUGUCCUUCACUUGCGUAUUUCAGGGCACAAAAUAGAACAAAGCGAAACGGACCUUGACUUUGCAGCUACAUGUCCAGCUCAAAGUAUGAGCGUGAGGAAGCUGGUCAGACCUGCCGGGGUGGGGGCAGAUACCCUAAUCACAGUUGAAUGAUGGUAGCUCAUGCCUCACAGAGACUGGCCUAGAAUGUGGAGCCGGUUAACAAGUCACCAGUUCUCUGCACUCACUGGCUUCCAUCAGCAAUGGCCCACGUGACCCUCAGCUUCUACCAUGUUCUGUAGGUUUAAUAGAGGCUAGGGCCUUCCCUUGAGGCUUCUCAAGCUGUAGCUCAUAUGGAGGAAGUAAAGAGAUCACUGCUUUACUUGGGUCCCACAGUGGCUAGAACCAAACAAGUAUUUAUCUGAUCAUUCUUUCUUGGGUCUUCACUGAAGUAGAUUCAUAUCUUCUAGAGCAGAAAAGGCAUCAGCACCCUGCUUGUCUUAGUUAAUUUUCUAUUGCUAUGAUAAAAUACCUUGACAAAAGCCACUGAGGAAGGAAGAGUUUAUUUUGGCUCACAGCUGAUUAUAGGUCCAUCAGUGCAGAGAAAUGGCAGAGAAUGGAACUUGUGACACCUCUUUACACUGCAGUCAGACUCCAGAAGUAGGGAACAGUGAAUGCAUUUUCUCAGCUCACUUUCUUCUUUAUGCAGCCUGAGGUCUUAGCCUAGGGAAUGAUGCCACUGACAGUGGGGUAGGCUGAGAUCUUAGCGUAGGGAAUGGUGCCACUGAUAGUGGGUAGGUCUUUUCAUUUCAAUUAAUCUAAUCAAUACAUUUCCCCACAGAUAUAUCAACGGGCUCUUCUACUGGGUGAUUUUAGAUCUCAUCAUGUUAAUAAUUGAAACUAAUACUCACCAUAUGAAUUUCCCAGUGAGCUCCUCCUUUAUUAAGAAUCAGAGGCAGGAUUUGAUAGCUUGGCAUGGCACCCCAUACCUACCGUUCAUGACAAGGACUUAGGAGAUAGAUAAUCUUCGUUCUGCUCAUUACCCCCACAUACACUAGACCCCAGGACUUCAGGUGGGCUAUGUAUUUUCUUGGGAGAUGAAGAAGCGGACAGCUUUGUAGUCAGAAACUACGUAGAGCUGACCUACAAAGGAGGACUUGGUUCUCUUCUGUGCAAUCCCCAAGAUGGAUAUACAGAAGAGCUUUGCUGCUAGGAAUUCAGGAUAUGCAAUCAGAUAAGAGUGGUUAUGUGAUGGUUGACAAUUCAUUUCUGGGCUUAGAAACUCACCUUCUCAUCUAUUCUGUGGAACUAGAGGUUAACUAAAGCUCUUAGCAUGCAUAUCCAUUAUGCACAGUAGGUUUGCAGAAACAGAAAAUGUCAUCCAAGAUAAUUCCCCUAAUAACUAUUGCUGUUUUUUUUAAAUCCUUAAAUGUCAAGCACUUGCUAUGUGCCUGGUACUGUUCUAGUUGCUGGGAGCACAGGGGUGAGAAAGAUGGGCUUGACCCUCUUCAGGUACCAUGGCUUAUAAAGGACAGGCAGGAGUAUUUCCUUCUGUGAACUGGUGAGAAAAAUUGAAUUGUCACCAGCUCUAAGUGAGUCCUGGGUCCGGAAGGAGAAAGGGCUUAGUGUUCUAGGAACCAGGCAGCAUUUGAAGGGAAAUGAGGUCAGCACAGCUUUGUUCCCCUCCUCCCUCAAGCAUAAUGGGCAGUCAUCAAGGCUUUUAAGUAGGUUCUGCCAUUAUCAGAUUUGUGUUCUGAUUGAAAAGUUCAUUCCAGCUGCUGCAGGGCAACUCGAAGGGAGUGACAAUUGUAGAAGAUUGAGGACCAGCAAGGAGGCUACUGAGUUGUUUUGGCAGAAGGCUGUGGAGACCAACUUGGCUUCCAAGGACAGCCACUGGGUCUUCGUGAAUGAGGAAAUCAGUGACCCCGAGAUCCUGGAUCUGGUCCACAGUGCCCUUGGCAGGAUGACCGUGGUCCGGCAAAUCUUCCCAUCUGCAAAGGACAACCAGAAAUGCAUGAGGAAUAACCACCGCAUCUCUUCCCUGCUCUGUGAUCCACAGGAAGGCUACCUCCAAAUGCUGCAGAUCUCCAAUCUCUAUCUGUACGACAGUGUUCUGAUGCUGGCCAACGCCUUCCACAGGAAGCUGGAAGACCGGAAGUGGCAUAGUAUGGCAAGCCUUAACUGCAUACGGAAAUCUACCAAGCCAUGGAAUGGAGGGAGAUCCAUGCUAGACACCAUUAAAAAGGGACACAUCACCGGCCUCACAGGAGUUAUGGAGUUUCGGGAAGACAGCUCAAAUCCCUAUGUCCAGUUUGAAAUCCUUGGCACAACCUAUAGUGAGACUUUUGGCAAAGACAUGCGCAAGCUGGCGACCUGGGACUCAGAGAAGGGCCUGAAUGGCAGUCUGCAGGAGAGACCCAUGGGCAGCCGCCUCCAAGGACUGACUCUCAAAGUGGUGACUGUCUUGGAAGAGCCUUUUGUGAUGGUAGCUGAGAAUAUCCUUGGACAGCCCAAGCGUUACAAAGGGUUCUCCAUAGAUGUGCUGGAUGCAUUGGCUAAAGCUCUCGGAUUCAAAUACGAGAUAUACCAGGCCCCUGAUGGCAGGUAUGGCCACCAACUCCAUAACACUUCCUGGAACGGGAUGAUCGGGGAGCUCAUUAGCAAGAGAGCAGACUUGGCCAUCUCUGCUAUUACCAUCACCCCGGAGAGAGAGAGCGUUGUGGACUUCAGCAAGCGAUACAUGGACUACUCAGUGGGGAUCCUCAUCAAGAAGCCGGAGGAGAAAAUCAGCAUCUUCUCCCUUUUCGCCCCCUUUGACUUUGCGGUGUGGGCCUGCAUUGCUGCAGCCAUUCCCGUGGUGGGUGUGCUCAUAUUCGUGUUGAAUCGGAUACAGGCUGUAAGGUCUCAGAGUGCCACCCAGCCUCGGCCCUCAGCUUCUGCGACUUUGCACAGUGCCAUCUGGAUCGUCUAUGGAGCCUUUGUCCAGCAAGGUGGUGAGUCUUCGGUGAACUCUGUGGCCAUGCGCAUCGUGAUGGGCAGCUGGUGGCUCUUCACGCUCAUUGUAUGUUCCUCCUACACAGCCAACCUUGCUGCUUUCCUCACAGUGUCCAGGAUGGACAGCCCCGUAAGAACAUUUCAGGACCUGUCCAAGCAACUGGAGAUGUCUUAUGGCACUGUCCGGGACUCUGCUGUCUAUGAGUACUUCAGAGCCAAGGGGACCAAUCCCCUGGAGCAGGAUAGCACUUUUGCUGAGCUCUGGCGGACCAUAAGCAAGAAUGGAGGGGCUGACAACUGUGUGUCCAAUCCUUCAGAAGGUAUCAGGAAGGCAAAGAAGGGGAACUACGCCUUUCUGUGGGAUGUGGCCGUGGUUGAGUAUGCAGCCCUGACAGAUGACGACUGCUCAGUGACUGUCAUCGGCAACAGCAUCAGCAGCAAGGGCUAUGGGAUUGCCCUGCAACAUGGCAGCCCCUACAGGGACCUCUUCUCCCAGAGGAUCCUGGAGCUGCAAGACACAGGGGACCUGGAUGUGCUCAAGCAGAAGUGGUGGCCACACACAGGCCGCUGCGACCUCACCAGCCAUUCCAGUGCACAGACUGAUGGUAAAUCCCUUAAGCUGCACAGCUUCGCUGGGGUCUUCUGCAUUUUGGCCAUUGGCCUCCUUCUCGCCUGCCUCGUGGCUGCUCUAGAGUUAUGGUGGAACAGCAACCGGUGCCACCAGGAGACCCCCAAAGAGGACAAAGAAGUGAAUCUGGAACAGGUGCACCGGCGCAUCAACAGCCUCAUGGAUGAAGACAUUGCUCACAAGCAAAUUUCCCCAGCAUCCAUUGAGCUUUCUGCCCUGGAGAUGGGGGGCCUGGCUCCAAGCCAAGCUUUGGAGCCCACGAGGGAGUACCAGAACACCCAGCUCUCAGUCAGCACCUUUCUGCCUGAGCAGAGCAGCCAUGGCACCAGCCGGACACUGUCGUCAGGGCCCAGCAGCAACCUGCCACUGCCGCUGAGCAGCUCAGCCACCAUGCCCUCAAUUCAGUGCAAACACAGGUCGCCCAAUGGGGGACUGUUUCGACAGAGUCCGGUGAAGACCCCCAUCCCUAUGUCUUUCCAGCCCGUGCCUGGAGGCGUCCUUCCAGAGGCCCUGGACACCUCUCAUGGCACCUCCAUCUGACUGUGUCGCCUGCCCUCCUGCCCGCCCACCCACCCACCCGACCAGCAGAGCUUUUUAAUACAAGAAAAUGACAACACAGACCACACACACACACACACACACACACACACACACACACACACACACACACAGACUCUUUCAUUUUUCUUGUACAUACGUGUAAAUAAUGACAGAAUGGAGUGGGGUAAAAGUGUAUUUUGAAUAUUCCCAAUUUUCGAAGUCAGUAAAAAAAAAAAAAACAAAACAAAAACUGUAUGAAUGACUUUGUAAAUUUUGUUCUAUAUGAAUAAAAAGGCAAAUUACUUGUGAUCAUUCUGAAGUGCCAAAGGAGCCCCUGUUCCUGGGCUUUUCUGAGGGCAGGAAGAACCGUCAGAGAAGAAGCUCCUGGCUGCUGAGGAGACGGAAGAAGUGGAGGAGCCCCGAAUGCUGCUUGCUGCUGUACACACAGCGUUCCCUCGUGUCCUUUUCUUACGAGUCCCUCAUCCUCCUUCAGUGUCCUUGGGUAGAUUCAGAAUGUGUCUGAGUCUAGAGCCCAUGUUGGGUGGGCCCAUCUGUUCCCUGAGCUGUAGGGCAACCUGCCCUAGACACGGUCCUAGACAAUCAGGCUCAAGAUGGUAAGGUCACUGUGUGUCACAGUGUGUAGCAUGCAAGUGUCCCCAGGGCCUCAGAAAAGAUGCCCAUAUUGAGGUCACAAUCUCUGAGGCUUUGAUACCAAUGUGUUUGAACAGCAUAUUGUUGGUCUUUUUUUUUUAACUCUUUUUCUACUCAAAAGAAUCAACUAGUAGGAGACUGUAGAAAAGGAGGGCAGACCCCAUCGAGUAAGAGGUACGACCUGGUUGGGACAUCUUUGGUGAGAGGCUAAGGGAUGGAGGGAUGUGAAUCCAGGUAAAGACUGUUUGCUUGGAUUAGGAUUCACAGCUCUGAGUGAGAGAAAAGAAGGGUUACAGACACAGAGAAUAGGAGUAUCAUGGUCACAGGUAAAAGUUUCUAUACAGAAGAGUUGGUGGAAGGGCAGAGGUGUCUCCAGAUGACUGGCAGACUGGGGAUAAACAAGAGGGACCACAUAGAGAAGAAGCUUGACAUUUUGGAGAAGCAUAGCUGUAUAAUGUUUAAAACAAAGUACUCCUCUGCCCUAAUGAAGCUAUCUGGAGUCCUUAAAGCCUUUAGCUCUUUAUGAUAUCAGCUAACCAGGACCAGAUCUUGGCACAAGUCCCUUCUUCAGACUUUACUGCCUUUUCUCCACCAGGAGAUUAAAUGAACCAGCCCACAGCAGGGAUCCUUCAAACUGGGGGCAUCUGACAACCUUUGAGAUGGUGAAUUUGCUGGGAAGUCCUGUUUCAUAAAACAAGGCUAACCUAGGGACCUUACCUCUCUAUAUUGCCUUUUGUGGGGUAAGUAAACUGUAGAACUGGGAAUGAUCCAUCAAGAGGAACCCGAGCUGUGCCAUUAAAAGUCCCUUCCUCCCCUGUUGAGGACCGAAGUGUCUCUAAUCCCCUACAUUGCUGGGAUGUAGAACAUGAACCCCAUCCAGCUUCAAGGGUAUGAGGCUCGAUCGCCAUCACAAAUUGAGGUGUUGAGAUCUUGGAGAAAUAUAAAGUCCUAUCAAUUGCUGAUUCUAUCUGGACUCAUGUAGAGUUAAGUUGAAAGAUAUAUACCCAUGAGGGUGAUAACUGGCCCAAGGUGAAUUUACUUCCCCAAAUCCAUAAUGAUGUUAGUGAGGAGGAAGGAAUGACUAAAUUACACAGUCAGCUAAAAGCACCAGAUGAAAAAAGUGUUUCUUGUUAUGCUGUGUUUGCCAUGAUGCUAGUAUUACUGGACUGGUCUGUUCCCAUUUCUCCAGUCAGUGUAUAGAGCUUGGAGGCAGGUAUACAUGGCAAAGCCGCUUGGAGGCAGGCAUACAUGGCAAAGCCAUUACCCUUCUAUCACCCUAAGGAUGUGUAGGCUUUGCUUUCCUUUCAUCAACAUGUUGGGCAAUUUGAACUGGAGGAUUAAUUUUUCAUACAUAUAAUAUCCAUUUUAAAAUUCAAACUCUGGUCUCACUGCCUUAUCUUGCACCUGUCUGUAUCCCAAAGAUGACCUGGUUUCUUUGGUAUACCGUGGGUAUGGAUGUCUUUGGUUAGGAGAAAGAGACAUCUCUGUGUGUGUGUGUGUGUGUGUGUGUGUGUGUGUGUGUGUAUGUGUGUGUAUGUGUGUGUGUGUGUGUGUAAUGAGAGGUAGAGAGAAAGAAAGAAGAAAGAGAGAAUCUUUAGGAAAAAUAUGUUUCUGGACAUUUGUAACACCUCACAGUGUUUAGUCACCAUAUUUAUGUCUUUUUCCCCCCUACCCUUGAUUGAGGGAAAUGAUUGAUAUUCCAGCAAGUUCUCUAGGGGGAGACAACAAUAGCCAAAUUCUUCCCAACUCAGAUAUCUGUGUCAGCUCAGAAUGUAUCUUUUUCAUGCUUUGCUCUGUGGAUUUAUAACUGUUUAGACUCUUCCAUACAUUUUAGGUAUAUUUUGUGCCUUCAGACACUGCAAAUAAUAAUCAGCAUUUGGAUUAAAGUUGUUUAAUAAUAAAA